CACCAGCAGUCUGAAUAUCUUUUGUUGAAACGGCAGGCACCUAUACCCCAUUUGACCAUUCCUCAUCUCUCUCUCUUUCUCUUUUCCAUUCAUUACAUAAACCUCUUCCCAAAUCAUCAUUUCCUCUAUCCUUUCUCACAAUUCCCCGGAAACCCAUUUCUCAAUUAUCCCAAAAAAAAAGGGGUGUUUGAAAACUUUGAACUUUGAAUUCCCCACAAUACCAAAAAUGAAUGACUUAUUUUCCGGCUCCUUCUCUCGCUUCCGCAACGAACAACCCUCCCCCGAUCACCACCACCACGAUAUCGAGAUGGGCCCGGCCGGGCACACCGGAGUUAACCUCGACAAGUUCUUCGAAGACGUCGAGUCCGUCAAAGACGAGCUCAAGGAGCUCGACCGCCUCAACCAAACGCUGCGCUCCUCGCACGACAAUUCCCAGACUCUCCACAACGCCAAGGCCGUGAAGGACCUCCGAUCCCGCAUGGACGCCGACGUGUCCCUCGCUCUCAAGAAGGCCAAGCUGAUCAAAGUCAAGCUCGAGGCGCUGGACCGCUCCAACGCGUCGAACCGGAGCUUGCCUGGCUGUGGACCCGGUUCGUCUUCGGACCGGACCAGGACAUCCGUGGUGAACGGGCUGAGGAAGAAGCUGAAGGAUUCGAUGGAGAGUUUCAAUAAUCUCCGGCAGCAGAUUUCGUCGGAGUAUCGGGAGACCGUACAGCGCCGGUACUUCACCGUCACCGGCGAAAAUCCCGACGACAAAACCGUGGACCUACUUAUUUCCACAGGUGAGAGUGAGACAUUCCUACAAAAAGCCAUUCAAGAGCAAGGACGGGGUAGAAUUUUGGACACAAUACAAGAAAUUCAAGAGAGGCACGAUGCUGUGAAGGAUAUGGAGAAGAAUCUUAAAGAGUUACACCAGGUGUUCUUGGACAUGGCCGUAUUGGUCCAGGCUCAAGGUGAGCAAUUGGACGACAUCGCGAACAACGUGGGAAGAGCUCAUUCGUUUGUGGAUCGUGGGACUCAGCAGUUGCAGACUGCCAGGGUGCUCCAGAAAAACACCCGGAAAUGGACCUGUUAUGCUAUCAUAAUUUUGGUGGUGAUUAUUGUGCUUGUGGUGCUCUUUACAGUCAAGCCAUGGAAAAAUAACAACAGUAGCCAAACUCCAGCAAACUCUACUCCAGCAAGCACCACUCUAUCUCCUCCACCUCCAGCUCCAGGAGGAGCAUAGGUAGGAUUGCCAGGGUGCCUAUGGCUUUGCCCUGGGCUGCAGGGUAUUUUAGUGUAUCCCUUGUUAUUGAGAUAUGGCCUCUUUUUUUUUUUUUUUUUUAAUUGAUUUGUUUAUAUUCUUUGAAUAUGUUGAAUUUGAUGGGAGUGAGGUGAGAUAGACUUGGUUCUUUGAUUUUAUUUAGAGCCGUUGACAUGGAACUACCUACUACUAGAGCUAAUAUUUUUCAUUUUAUGGAAGGCAGAGCCAAUUUUGUUCAUGUGUAUACAAUAUAAUAAGAUGUGGCUAGGUCUCAUUGAGGUAGACUUUAUUGGAGACA